CUCCACAAGCUUACCAGUGCCUACCAUACCAACCUACCUAUUCAAGUUGUUUCUACACAGAUAUAUUAGUAGGAUUCAGCGUUGCCCCACAUCUACAUAUUUUCCUCUGAUGCCACUAAGGAGUCGACAUCCAAUCCUAAAGCCAACAAUAAUAGGACAUCUGUUUGCCGGACAUUUCUUUGUUCAAUCUCGAGACAAUGCUUCCUACUCCCUCUACGAGUCAUGUCAAUUUCAAUCGAGUCUAUGAGCCAGCUGAAGAUUCAUUCUUGCUACUUGAUACUCUAUCAGCAAGCUCGGAGAUAAAGUUUCUCUCUGAAAGAUUCAAGACAUCCCCUCCACCUCUGAUUAUGGAGGUCGGUAGCGGAUCAGGCGUUGUGCUUGCCUUUGUGGCUGCACAUGCCAAUCAUAUUUUCGGUCGUUCAGACUCCAUGUUUCUAAGUUCCGAUCUCAAUGUUUUCGCUUGUCAUUCAACCUCGAACACGGUUCUGAAGGCCAUUGAUUCCGCAAGCAGCCUUGGGGAGAAACGUUCUUUGUUCCUCAACUCCCUCAACGCGGAUCUUUUGUCAUGCCUCAAAGCGAAUAGCGUGGACGUUCUGAUUUUCAAUCCGCCAUACGUGCCCACUUCCGAGGUGCCGGAGCGUAAAGCUAGUCUAUUUCCAGAUCCGGUAAAUGAAGCCCCGGUAUCGUUUGAUGAUGAAUCGCAUUUCCUUUCCUUAUCAUAUGCUGGCGGGGUAGAUGGAAUGGAGGUCACGAACCGUCUCCUUGAAGAUCUCCCCCGGGUCCUCCACAGAGCUCAUGGAGUGGCAUAUAUACUAUUGUGCGCCCAGAAUCGACCAAGAGAGGUACAAUCCCAUGUGAAGGCAUGGGGCCCUUCCUGGGAAGUGGAGAUCGUCUCCUCCAGCGGCAAGAAAGCAGGAUGGGAAAAACUGGUUGUUCUGCGAGUUAGUAGGGCUGGAUGAGCUAAAUGGAGAUCGCAAGGGGAUUUUCGGACGGU